AUGGAGCUGGCUCUUCUUUUUUUGUGUAUCCCGGGCCGCGUUUCGAACGAACUCGAAGAGAUGCAGCAACCGGUUUAUCAAGAGCAACAGAGCAAUCAGCAAGGGGCAGGACAGCAGAUGCUCUUAUGCCCCGUUAGGCUGGUCUACGAAACACAAAUACUUGUGCAACCAGGUGAACAAAUCCAGCCGAAUCAGACAAUAUUCAUAAACCCACAGAACACGCCGCCAUGGAUACAGAACAGGCCCCAAAACCAAGUGAUAUACGUCCAACAGAUGGCGCCGAACAACUUCAUGCCCCAUGUGCAGCAACAACACACCGGUCAGAACCCCCUGUACAUUCAACAGAAUUACAACAAUCUCCAUCAGAUAAUGUCGCAGCAGGUCCUGUCGCAGGCUCAGCACGAAGUGAGGUCGGCCAACGUCCAAAUGGCAAACAUGCUGCAGAGGGGCACAGUCCAAGUUUCACAAGCGUCUAGCACUCCAAACAACCCAAAUGUAACCAGCACACCAGCUGUUGGACCCCCUGCUAACUACGGGAUGCUACCACCCUACUACACGAACAUACAGGGCCAGAUAAACCAAGGCCAGAUCAACUUCAUCCCGGCGAACGUAACGGGCAAGCAGAUGGUUGCGAACGUUCAGACGUCCCAGAAGACGGUCGCGACGAGCGCGGUGAAUCUGGGUAGGAAUGUAGAGAUACAGCAGAACGUGUACCGCCCCAUGCUACAGCAGACGUACCAGCAGGAAAACAAUAUGCCGGCGACACCGCUGCCGCAGUCGAUAACGAUGGUGCCGAUGCAGAGCCAAACGGCAGUGCAACAGAAAACGAACGUAAACGCAACGCCGAUGGAUCAAAACAUGGCACAGAUACGACCGUUGCAACCGCAAAUCAUCAAUGCGCCAGUACUGCCUCAAAGCACUCUUAAUACUUCUAUGACAAACGAUAAAAUGAUGAGGAAAGUGGCGACCGUCACGCCGAAAGGCAACACGGCUAUAAGCAAUCUGUUAAACACUACAAACAAAAGCUCACUGACCUAUAGCUACAGGCCUAUCCAACCGAGACCGCAACAACAGAGGCAUUUUGCGCCAAACAUACUGCCGGCAAGCACCCACUCACAAAUCAUACUCCCCAUACAAGCUACCAAUGUCAGUAGCGGUGGAAACACACAGACUUACCCUAUGCCCGGCGCGUUACCCACAAAUUACAUCAAAACUGAACAGAGUGUCUUCAAUAGGAAGAGAAAGAGCGAGUCGCCAGAUGAGAUGCAAAAGAAGAUGGCACCGAAUAUUGUAACGCAAAAAAAUGUGACUACAACGCCAAUGCCUAUAACAACUAACACUUACACUGACGUUGGAGUCAAUACGAUUCCAUUACAAAGGAUAAACAAUAAACCUAUAAAUACUAUCCCCAAUGAUCAAACAAUCACGAUAAAUCGAACGACUGAGAGCAAACAGCUUAUAAAAGAUAACCUAACCCAACGUAUCGAAAACCAAACAGAUAAAGAUCCAAAGCAAACUAGUGAAACUGAGAAAUUACUGAGGAAUACAGUGUAUACUCAAGCUAGAAAUCGAGUGUUGGCAGAUAAACAGGAAACAGUUACAACCAAUUCAACUAAAAUUGAAUCCAAAACAGCCGAUGUCAAACUCCAAGCCUUACCAGAGAAAGACACUAAUAAAGAUUUAAUUGAGAACUUUGAUAAUAAAGAAAUUAUAAAGAAGGAAGAAAACAAUGCACUGAAUGUUGGUGAAACAAAAAAAGAAGUAAGCAAAGCAACAAGGGAAGAGGCAACUCUGAAGGAGAUAAAUUUACUCGGCAAUGGCAAAACUAACGAGAAUGGCUUUGUUCUUACGCACGUGCUCGAUGGUUACGUGAUUCAAGAGUCAAACAUAGCUUUCCCGAUAAGAAAACCAUUACAAGAAAGAACUCUACAACCGAACACCGAAGAUUUGGAGGUUAAAAAAGAAGAAAACAAAAACAACCAAACCAACACUGAUCAAAAUGGAAGCAAAAUAUGCAAUUUGUCGUUUUUAAAUUUGAACGAGGAAAAAUUACCUGAGGAAGAGAAAACUGUGUCUAAAAAUAUUGAAGACGACAAAGAGGACAAUAAAGAUAGUCCAUUCACAGAACUUAAGCCGCAGACUGUAAAAACAUGGACGGUGCAACAAUUGACGACUCACCUUCAGAAAUACAACUGGGACGAGACAGUGUCAGUUUUACGAGAGCACGAAAUCGACGGCGAAUCUUUAUUCCUAGUAUCGAAGGGCCAAUUAACGACUAUUGGUGUAAACGAAGAUCACGCUAACAUCAUCUGUCAAUUCGUCAAAAGU